ACGAGAAGGGAUAUGUAUCUUGUCCCCCAAAUGGCGUUUGUAACAGGUUGCAUACAUUUCUAUACCAUGUGGGAGCGGCCUCGGCCCAAUGGUCACGAUUUCGUUUGUUCAUUUACAGUCGAUUGACAGUGUAUUUGUCGUCAUCCUAGAUAGCUAUUUUGAAUCUGCUACGUUAUUUAUUUAUUUUUUUCAAAUGUUUUUUUUUGCUCUUUGGCUCGAAGUGGUAGUGUUAGUACCUUUAUCAUAUUUAUUUAUAUUUGAUUCGAAAGUAUCACUUUGGUUUACGGACUAGGACAUGG